UUUUGUGUAUGCGUUGAGUUCGUCUACCAAAUUCCGGCAAAUAACGCCGGCGCCCCGCGCUGCUGAGUGAACGGAGGAUUUCUGGGUUAUCUUGCUUGUAAAGGUGUGUGGAGGGUUAUUUAUCGCUUUUUGUCACCCUAAAUAUUAUUGUCAAGUAACAUAAAUUUCUAUCAAUGCUUGCAGUUGGUGUAACUGUACACAAGCCAGCAUUCACCAUGAAUAUAUCAUCAUCAGCUGGUAUCAUUUCACUGUUGGAGGAGCCUAUGCCAGAGCUGAAGGUUUUUGCACUGAAGAAGCUCAAUCUUAUUGUUGAUGAAUUCUGGGCUGAAAUAUCUGAGGCUAUUGAGAAGAUAGAGAUUCUGCAUGAGGAUAAGGGUUUCCCAGAGCGCCACCUGGCUGCCCUGGUGGCUAGCAAGGUGUACUACCACCUUGGCUCCUUUGAGGACUCCCUCACAUAUGCUCUCGGUGCUGGUGACCUGUUUGAUGUCAAUGACAAGUCCCAGUAUGUUGAGACCAUCAUUGCGAAAUGUAUCGACCACUACACGUCACUGCGCGUCUCCAACGCCGAGGAGUCGGGCGAGGGCGACGCCCAGGUGAUCGACGCCCGCCUGGAGGGCAUUGUAGACCGCAUGUUGAGCCGCUGCUUCCAGGACGGCCAGUACCGACAGGCGCUGGGCAUCGCCCUCGAGACGCGCCGCAUGGACGUCUUCCAGAAGGCCAUCAUGGACUCGGACGACGUGGCCGGGAUGCUGCAGUACGCGUUCACGGUGGCCAUGUCGCUGAUCCAGAACCGUCAGUUCCGCAACACCGUGCUGCGGGCGCUGAUCGAGCUCUACCGCAACCUGGCCACCCCCGAUUACGUCAAUAUGUGCCAGUGCCUGAUCUUCCUGGAUGACGCCGGUGCUGUGGCGCAGGUGCUCGAGAAGCUCAUCAGGGGAACCCAGGACAGCGCGCUGAUGGGCUACCAGAUCGCGUUCGACCUGUACGACUCGGCCACGCAGCAGUUCCUGGGCCGCGUGCUGCAGGCGCUGCGCGUCACCGCCCCGCUGCCCGGUCUGCUGGCGCUGCCGGUACCGGCGGCGGCGCCCGCGGAGCACACGGCCGACAAUAACCGGCCAGAGGGCCAGCCGACCACCGCCGACCAGCUGUCGGAGCGUGACCAGCAGAUCCAGAAACACUACGAGCGUCUCACUACCAUCCUGUCUGGCGACGUGGCCAUCCAGUUACACCUCCAGUUCCUCAUCCGGGGGAACCACACGGACCUGAUGAUCCUGAAGCAGGUCAAGGACACGGUGCGCGCCUCGGUGUGCCACACUGCGCUGGUGGUGGCGCACGGCUACAUGCAGUGCGGCACCACCAGCGACCAGUUCCUCAGAGACAACCUGGACUGGCUGUCACGGGCGUACAGCUGGGCCAAGAUGUCUGCAACCGCGUCCCUGGGCGUCAUCCACAAAGGUCACGAGAAGGAGGCGCUAGGUCUGAUGCAGGCCUACCUACCCAAGGACGCGGCCGGCAGUUCAGGCUACACCGAGGGCGGAGCGCUGUACGCGCUCGGCCUCAUUCACGUGAACCACGGUGGUGCUAUUAUCAACUAUCUGGUACAGCAGCUAAAAGAGGCCAAUAACGAGGUGGUGCGGCACGGCGGCUGCCUGGGUGUCGGCCUGGCCGCUAUGGGCACCCACCGGGCCGACAUCUACGAGCAGCUGAAGCUGAACCUGUACCAGGACGACGCCGUCACUGGAGAGGCCGCAGGUAUCGCUAUGGGUCUGGUGAUGCUGGGCUCCAAGUCAGCACAGGCCAUCGAGGACAUGGUGGCCUACUCUCAGGAGACCCAGCACGAAAAGAUCCUGCGCGGACUCGCCGUCGGUAUCGCACUCACCAUGUACGAGCGUCUGGAGGAGGCCGACACCCUCAUCACCAGUCUGUGCUCGGACAAGGACCCGAUCCUGCGCCGGAGCGGCAUGUACACCAUCGCCAUGGCCUACUGCGGCACCGGCAACAACCAGGCCAUCCGGCGACUGCUCCAUGUUGCCGUAUCUGACGUGAACGACGACGUGCGCCGGGCGGCGGUGAUCGCCAUCGGCUUCCUGCUGUUCCACAACCCGGAGCAGUGUCCGUCCGUGGUCAGUCUGCUCUCCGAGUCGUACAACCCGCACGUGCGGUACGGCGCCGCCAUGGCGCUCGGCGUCGCCUGCGCAGGCACCGGCUCCAAGGAAGCGCUGUACCUGCUGGAGCCCAUGUGCUACGACUUGGUCAACUACGUGCGGCAGGGAGCCCUCAUCGCCAGCGCCCUGGUGCUUAUUCAACAGACCGAGCAGACCUGUCCCAAGGUGAAGGACUUCCGCCAGCUGUACACCAAGGUCGUGUCGGAUAAGCACGAGGACGUCAUGGCGAAGCUGGGCGCCAUCCUGGCCAAGGGCAUCAUCGACGCCGGCGGUCGCAACGUGACAGUCGCUCUCCAGUCGCGCACCGGUCACAACAACAUGGCGGCCGUGGUCGGCAUGCUGGUGUUCACUCAGUACUGGUUCUGGUACCCUCUGGCGCACUUCCUUAGUCUGGCCUUCACCCCGACCUGUUUGGUGGGGCUGAACGCCGACCUGCGCAUGCCCCAGAUGGAGGUGCGGUCCAACGCGCGGCCCAGCCUGUACGCCUACCCGCCGCCCAUCGAGGAGAGGAAACGCGAGGACCGGGAGAAGGUGGCCACGGCGGUUCUAUCCAUCACGGCCCGUGCCAAGCGGAAGGAGGCCGAGAAGAAAAAGGACGACAAGGCGCAGCCCGAGAAGAUGGACGUAGACGACGACACCAAGAAGGACGCCGGACAGGAGAAGGACAAGAAGGAGGGAGAGAAGGACGAGAAGGAGAAGGCGGACGCUAAGAAGAAGGAGGAGCCCACGUUCGAGAUGCUGUCGAACCCGGCGCGCGUGCUGCGGCACCAGCUGCGCGUCAUCCAGCCGGCCGAGGGCAGCCGGUACCAGACGGUCAAAGACCUGCGCGCCGGCGGCAUUCUGAUGGUGCGUGAUACGGCGCCCGGGGACGGUGAGCAGGCGCUGGUCGACUGGGUGGUGGCGCACGGGCCGCAGAAGGAGCCCGAGGAGGCCGAGCCGGAGCCGCCCGAACCGUUCGACUAUGAGGAGUAGGAGUGUACGGAGACUGCCGGCCGGUCGCGGUGAUCUGCUUAUGUCAUACAAUACUUUCGAGUGAUGACUUA